GAUAUCCCUCGAUCGGUAUUCAGUUAGCACCAAGCGAGCAAACUAUCGACAUCGACAUCGUCUACAGACUUUUAUUCAAGUACAAAAUAAUUAACCUACGUCAAAAUGAGUUCCAAUUCCCUGUUCGAAACCGACGAAGAUCUUGCCCAGGCCAACAAGUUGUCCAGGAAAGUUAAGGAAUCCCCCUUUAUGCUGGUGGGGAUUGCUGGAUUCGUCGCCGCUGGUCUGGUUGGAGCCUACAAAUACCGGAACAGGGGAACCAUGAGCACCAGCGUUUUCUUGAUGCAGUUGCGAGUGGCCGCCCAGGGAACGGUAGUGGGAUGUUUGACCGCCGGAUUGGCCUACACCAUGGCCAAGGAGUAUCUGUUCCAUGAAGAACCCAAAAACCUUGCCAAGCCAGUCGAGUAAGAAAGUGCGAUCAUGUCGAAAAAAUCGGAUAUCGGGGUGUUGACCACCAACCGUACUGCUUGCACAAAAACCAUUCAGUCUCCUCCGAAGAAAGUAUCACAACCAAACACCCUAGAGAUUUAGGAAAAUCUGCAUUUGGAGGUGACCUAUGUACAAGCGCACCACCAAGAAGUAUUAGAAACCCGGUGCUACCUCCACUUCUCAUUUCAUUUUCUUCACCUAUUUUUCAUAAAGUCGUAGUUCUAAGUAAUAAAUAUUGUUUUACCAAAGAAUCAA